AAGACAGGUGCGCGAGCGGACGGGGAGUGGCUAUGCAUGCAGGUGAACGGGAAGGAGGAAGACGGCCUGAGAGGCACGGUAAGAGGAGAAGAUCCUUGAACAUCUUAAACCCUUAAUUAUGACUUAAUUUGAAAGAAGGACUUCAGGAUGGUGAAUUCGGGCCUUUGUUGUGGCAGUCUGAAGGAUGAUAAGAUCCUGAUGAAGAUGGGUUUGGGGCUGGUGCUGGUGGGUCAUGUGAACUUCUUGUUGGGGGCACUGGUACAUGGAGUUGUGCUCAGACACAUAAAAGUGUUCACCUGGAACAAGAAACUCGUCUACCCCAUCUCCAAUGUCAUCGCUCUUGUGGCAGGACUUAUGGCAAUUAUUGGUGGAAUCUCAGCUAUUGUUCUCUCAAAGAACAAGAAAAACCAGCUGCUGAGUUGGUUUCUACUAAUUGUGAGUGUCUUGGCUGUUCUCUUGGGUGCCGCCUCUGCAGUGGGAAUCACUGUUGCCACAGUGAGGGCCAUAAUGUGGGAAGGACACACUCUGUUUGCCCACUGCGACCUGCCUGCCAACAUGACCUACUACAGCAUCACAAAUGAAUGCCCCUUUGACCCCACACGCAUCUAUGGUACUACAUUAAUCCUAUGGUUUCCAUUGAUUCUGAUGUCAGUGGUGGAGGUUGUGUUCUCCUGCCGCUGUUUCUUGGCUUGCACGUCUUUCCUCCGUUUGCACUGCCCAUGGAGGAGAAAUGUCAGGGUGCGUGUCCAGCUGCCAGAAGAAACCGCACUUCCACCAGGAGACGAUCCAAACGAGGAGGAGGCUACAGAACAGAACGACCUACUUGACAAAGACACAGUUGCUGUGGAGACUAGUGAUUGGCUAUAAUUCAUAAGUAUACAUCGCUCGGAGUUGCUGUAUGACAGUGGAGCAAGAAAUACCAAGUGCCAAUGCAAAUAAAAGCAUGCUGCCCACUACAUGCUGCUAUUGAUUUCUCCAUGUACACCAUGUGCACCAUGUUUAUAUAUUAACAUCAUUAACGUGUGAUAUGCUUGUUUUAUGUUUGUUACAUAUUUUCUGCACUGAUUGGAUUCCUUGUUACAGUACAUUUAAAUAAAGUAUUUUUCUAUUUAAAACUGAGCUUCUGAAAUUGCUCUAAAUAGGAUUGACGGGUCAAAUAUAUGUAUGCCUGAAAUAUCUUGUCUAUUGUCCUCUUUUCUACUCAUUUUUAUUCCUCACAUGUGUUUAGACACUAGAAAAUUUGUUUAGAAUAUUUGGAUAAGGUAUUUGUUUCGUUUUCUCAAAAUCUGAGCAAGUCCUUGGCUAAAAGCAGCUUUAAUUUUUUUGUAAACUUAGAAAUAUCAGGUU